AUGGGGGGCGUAUAUAUACAAAAGAAGAAUUACGAGUCGAGCAUUCUCAAGCUGUCCGGAGGGGAGCUGUGCGGGAAGACGAUGGCUGAUGGAGCUCAGAAGGGGGACGCCCGGAAUAUCGACGACGGCCAGGGAAUCCGAACAGGUCGCCGCUGCGAACAAGCCAAGGAAGACGAACGCGAGCACAAAUCAAUCUCGCGCGCUGCCAGAUAUCAAGGCCCCCAUCACUCCCCCCCCCGUUUCAAGCGCCGCUCGCUUUCUCCAAGCUCCGCGACUUCCCACCCGUCCCCGGCACUCCCGACGCCCUUCAGAUUCACCUGUCCGCCCGGCCGUCCCCCGCUCCGACCCCGGCGCGCCCCAACGGCCCCCAGACGCGCUCGCUCGUCGCCCCCGAGGUCCCCAUCAAUGUCCGCCGAGGCCCCGUGA